GACGAGCACAGAGCAACUAAUGUGGUGUAUCAAGAGCACCACGUGUCACGUGACAAAAGAGGUAAAGCGGUGGGCCAGAAAGGUGGAUUCCGUGGCUGCACUGUUUGGCUAACUGGUUUGUCCGGUGCUGGAAAGACAACUAUUUCUUUCGCACUGGAAGAAUACCUAGUUAGCCAGGGUAUACCAGCCUACUGCUUGGAUGGAGACAAUGUCCGAAGUGGUCUAAAUAAGAACUUGGGUUUCUCCCACGAGGACAGAGAGGAAAAUAUUCGCAGGAUUGCUGAAGUUGCCAAGCUGUUUGCAGAUGGUGGCAUAGUCUGUAUUACUUCCUUUAUCAGUCCUUUUAGAGCCGAUCGAGACAAAGCUCGGGAGCUUCACGAGAACGCUGGACUGAAGUUCUUUGAGUGUUAUGUGGACACCCCGAUAGAAAUUUGUGAGCAGAGAGACGUCAAGGGUCUUUAUAAGAAGGCCAGGGCUGGACUCAUCAAAGGUUUCACUGGAGUCGAUCAGCCAUACGAAGAACCCAAGUCCCCAGAUGUAGACCUCAAAGCUGGAGAACUUACAGUUGACGAGUGUGUGCAGGAAGUUGUCUCCCUUCUCGCUGAUCAUAAAAUUGUACCACGAGGAACUCUAACGACUGUUCGAGAGCUGUUUGUACCAGAGCAUUUACGGGAACAGACCAAAGCUGAGGCUAGCACACUUCCCUCUGUUGAAAUUGACCAGGUGGACUUGCAGUGGACUCAAGUACUUGCCGAGGGCUGGGCAACGCCAGUUUCUGGGUUUAUGAGAGAGAAAGAAUACUUGCAGUCACAACAUUUUGGGUGUAUGUUUGAUGAUGGAAUCAUAAAUCAGUCAGUGCCACUUGUGUUGCCAAUCAGAACAGCAGACAAAGAGAGGCUUCAAGGAUGUGACGCCUUUACCUUGAAAUAUGGGGGCAAGGACAUCGCCAUCUUACGCCGCCCAGAGUUCUAUCCUCACAACAAAGAAGAGCGAUGUGGACGACAGUUCGGUACUACCAACAUUGGUCAUCCUUAUGUAAAAAUGAUAAUGGAGAGUGGCGACUGGCUUGUUGGUGGCGAUCUAGAAGUGCUAGAUCGAAUAGUGUGGAACGAUGGACUUGAUGAGUACCGAAUGACACCUCAAGAGCUGCGCCUCAAGUUCGGGAAUCUAGGUGCAGAUGCGGUGUUUGCAUUCCAGUUAAGAAAUCCAGUUCACAAUGGCCACGCCUUACUCAUGUCAGACACCAAGAAGAAACUUCUCGAUAGAGGUUUCAAGACUCCAGUUCUCUUACUCCAUCCGCUUGGAGGGUGGACUAAAGAUGAUGAUGUGCCACUACCAACCAGAAUGAAACAACAUGAAGCUAUCAUUCAAGAGCACAUUUUAGACCCAUCUUCAACAGUGAUUGCGAUCUUUCCAUCGCCAAUGAUGUAUGCAGGGCCAACAGAGGUUCAGUGGCACGCUCGCUCUCGGAUGGCGGCUGGAGCCAACUUCUACAUUGUAGGUAGAGAUCCAGCUGGGAUGCCUCACCCUGAUGGCACCAGGGAUCUUUUCGACCCCACUCAUGGAGCAAAGGUCCUCACAAUGGCUCCAGGACUGUCGCAGCUAGAGAUUGUACCCUUUCGAGUUGCAGCCUACAACACUCGCAAGAGAGCCAUGGAUUUCUUCGACCCACAGAAAAAGGAAGACUUUGAUUUCAUCUCAGGAACCAAAAUGCGAAAAAUGGCAAGAGAAGGGAUUAGCCCCCCUGAAGGUUUCAUGUCGCCCAAAGCAUGGCAGGUCAUGGUAGAUUACUAUAAGUCGCUACCUGCAAUUAAGAGCGGGUAG